CCCCGUCCCGGAAAAAAAGGAGGCGCCGGAGGUGGUGGCCUCGCUCGCUGUCCCUCCUCGGCGGAGCCAUGGAGCUGCUCUGCUGCGAGGGGGCCGCGGCCGUGGCCACGAGGCGCGCUGCGCCGGACCCCAACCUAGUGCGCAACGAGCGCGUUUUGCGCAACUUGCUCGCCGUCGAGGAGCGCUACCUGCCCCGCUGCUCCUACUUCAAGUGCGUCCAGCGGGACAUCCAGUUCACUUCGCUGCGGGAGGAUGUGUAUGUCUUCCCCUUUCCUCUGCAGGUCUGCGAAGAGCAGAAGUGCGAGGAAGAAGUGUUUCCCUUGGCUAUGAAUUACCUGGACAGAUUUCUAGCUGUGGUGCCCACCCGCAAAUGCCACCUGCAGCUUUUGGGAGCGGUGUGUAUGUUUCUGGCCUCCAAGCUGAAAGAAACCAUCCCCCUCACAGCCGAGAAACUUUGCAUCUACACCGACAACUCCAUCAGACCUCAAGAGCUCCUGGAUUGGGAGCUGGUGGUUUUGGGGAAGUUGAAGUGGAACCUUGCUGCGAUCACCCCCCAUGAUUUUAUUGAACACAUCCUAAGGAAGCUUCCCUUCCCUCGAGACAAGCUGCUUUUGAUCCAGAAGCACGCACAAACUUUUAUUGCGCUGUGUGCCACAGAUUUUAACUUUGCCAUGUAUCCGCCAUCAAUGAUAGCGACAGGGAGUGUGGGAGCAGCUGUCUGCGGCUUGCAGCUGGAUGAGGGAGAAAGCCUUCUCUCUGGUGAUGCCGUCACAGAACUCCUGGCCACAAUCACAAACACAGAAGUGGACUGCCUGAAAGCGUGUCAAGAACAGAUUGAGUCUGUUCUAGUAAGCAAUCUUCAGGAAGUCCCGCAGCAUCAAGGCAGUGCUUCAAAGACCGUGGAUGAGCUGGAUCAGUCCAGCACUCCCACAGAUGUGAGGGACAUCAACCUGUGAAGACAUCAUCACGAAAAGUUGCCUUCCACCAGCCCCAUUUUUGUGUGUGCGUGUGUUCAAUUUUCUCUCACACAGGCACAUUUCUGUUAAAAAAAAGAAGUUCCUGCCGAAUGUAUUUGAAACUUUUUAGAUCUUAAAAAAGCACCAAAGGCAAAAUCCAUCGGGAAAUUCCCAUGCACAAGUUCUGCUGGCUUGUGCUUUCAUUGGGCUUCUGCAAGGAAACAUCUCACGGACUGUGGUCAACCGUGAUGGAUUUUAUGUGUGUAUCUGUGCAUGUAUGUGUGUCUGUAUGUCAUUCAGUUCCUGUGAUAUAUAACAGAAGGGAAUUCCACAACAAUAUAUUUUAUAGUUGCUGUUCGGAUUGCAUACUUGUGGCGAGAGAAGCUUACAAAAGAAUUCAAGCAGCCAGAUACGAGUUAAGCCUGCACUUUGCAGGAACAAAAUAGAUAAUUUUUUUAAAAUGAGUGUAUUACGACCUUAGUGCAUACCCUCCUUCCUUUUUCACUCUUAAGAAAUGAAUAAUACGUGUGAGGUAUUUUUAAUGGCGUAUCAAUGGAUAUAAAAUGCAGGAGCAGAUAGUGUCUAUGUGAGCGAGAAAAGCAAAUGGGAGGAAAGGUUCCUGGUGCAAUUGAGUUUUGGGGGUACAGUAGGUAUUUAGGUUGUAGUACGUGCACGCUCUCUGUGGAAGUUUGUAUUCAUUUUGACAGGGUACACACCAGGUUUGGCCUCGGCUUAUCUGCUGCCUUUAUUGAUCUUAGUGUUGUCUGUUGACUUUUGCUGUUGGCUGGUAGAUUGCACCUAAGAAAAACUGUGUCGUUUUUCAGCCAGAUUGGCAGGGCUUUGCCUCUUUAUUUCCUUCCCUUCGUAUAUACACAUACUUCUUAUCUGGGAAAAAAAUAUAUAUAUUUGAUGCUUUUCAACAUAGCAGCCUCUUUGGCAGAAGCAAGAUACUUCUUAUUCAGCUGUGGGUCAAGCUACAAGAAACUUCCUAGUUGUAACAGAGAAGGAAGUUCUUUUCCUUGAGUAAGUAUUCCUACUUGCUUCAACAGGCUUGGUCAGAAGAACUUCCCAUUGGAUGUUGCCUUUGUUGUGAGCCCAUGUAGUGGCCAUUCUGCCAUGCGUUAGUGUAACAUGUGUUGAACAAUCCAUGUGUUGUGCUUUAUGAAUAUUAAUGCUGCCUGUUAUAGGGAUCUUUGGUGCCUGGCUGAACAUAGUACAUAUUCUGCCACACAUGUAUAUUGUUGGAUGAUUAAGAGCCAUAUUGGUAGGAUGGUGGGUUGCGGAGCUCUUCUACACAGUCUUGGACUCUGUAUGGGAUGGCACUGUAAAAUUAUCUUGAGUCUCAUUGGGCUCAGGGUAUGAGACAGAAAAAGGCAUCUCUUUAGUCAGCUAAUGAGUAGAGAUGUGAAAUUUUGAAGCCAACGGGGAAAACAUCUACCCCCAACGAAAAUGCAUAUCUGGGGGGCAUUUGGAAUAACAUUGCUUUUUAAUCAACCCUAAACUUUUUUUGCUAGUUUAAACAAUGUGUUACGCACUGCUUAGAACAGUAGUCCCCAAUGUUAUGCUUGUGGGUUCCAUAGGACUCGCUGCACCUUUCUGACACCCACCAACUGUUGUAGCAAGUGAGUGGAGCCAGGGAGGGCUUUUGCCCAGCAUGGCUUCGGAAUGACUUGGAGAUUUGAUUGACUGUGGAGAUUUUUUUAAAUGUUGCUUUGGCAGCAGCGGCCACCAUAGCACAAGGAUCUGCACUGGGUUUACUGAAGUUAAGCUGUGGCAAUCAUUUUGUAGCUGGCUCUGCCUUCAGCAGCCAUUUUUGGCAUCCAUUUUGUUGCUGCACGCACCAUGCUGCGUCAGAAUUCCAAGUAUGCCCUGGGAUCAGAAAGGUUGGAGACCCCGCCUUAGAACUGCAGCAUAUACAAUUGUACUUAUUGUUUUAAUUUUCUGCAAGCAAAAUGCAAAUAUAUCUCAAACUAGAAGGAGAGAACUCCAAAGUGCUGUUCCCUGUGCUACUGCAGCACAUAUUUUUGCUAUCUAAGAGGCAGAACAGAAAAGUUGGAAGCAGCAUAGUCGGCUAUUAAGUGAACUUUGCAUUGUAGAAAACGUUAUUUUCAGUGCCAUAUAUCCAUCACAUUGUUUUGAAUCCAGCCAGCUUUUCUGCUGGUGAAAAAGGAAGGGUUUUUUUUCCCCUCUGUUGACCACCAGAAAGGCUAUAGGCAUGGAACUUGCAUGGACAAAAGCCAUGUAGGAUUGAAGCUAUAAGAGGAGAUUCAGCAGAGAAUUUAGCUGUAUCCAAUCCAUAGCCUAUUAUAUGCGAAACAAAUACAGUGGAAUCUAGGUUUUUGUUGGUAAUCCGUCCGAAAAGAAUCGAUGAAAACCGAAACUGAUGAAAUCCGAGGCAAACUUUUCCAUAGGAAUCAAUGUAAAUCCAAUUAAUCCGUUCUAGGCACUCCAAAAAACAUAC